AUGCGUUUCACCAUCACCGCCAUCGCCUCCAUCCUGGCCGCGGCCAGCGCCGUCUCCGGCCUCAGCGUCGAAGAGGCCCGCGAGAUCCGUCCCCAGGUUGAGGAGUACCUCAACACCCUGAAGAUCAGAGACGUUGAGAAGCGCAACUUCUGCACUGACCACUGGAAGACUUGCGAGAACUGCUUCGAGAAGUACCCUUACUGUCACAUGGAUAACAUCCCGAGCUCAAUCAACUGGCAAGUUACUCUGUUCAUGAGCACAACUUUUGGCUACCUGCAGCUCCUGCCCUGGAGACUGUUAAAUAUACACGAUGACAUGCUGGAGCUUAAAGAUCUGCCAUUGAAUUCAGAACAGAUCGAAUAG